AUGGUUCCGCAGGCUCGCUCGGACGGCGACAACGGGCUCUGCUUCGUUAUGACGCCCACACCACUUCUGAACGACGCCAUCGCUAGUCAGUACUUAGGCCUCAUCAACUUCUCCAGCAAUGGCAAAGACUACAACCAUAUUUUUUCUAUAGAGUUCGACACGAUUCAGAGCGUAGGCAUGGAGGAUAAGGACAACAACCAUGUCGGAAUCGAUCUCAACGGCGUCAGGUCAGUUGUGGCAGAAGUUGCUGGAAUUUGGGAAGGGAACAGUUUGACGCCCAUUAAUCUGAAGAGCGGGAAUAAUAUAAGGGCCUGGAUCGACUACAACGGCUAUUCGAAGCAGCUGGAGAUUAGUAUUGCAGCAGUCGGAGAGGGUUUCAGGGACGACAACCUUCUGAGCUAUGGGAGCUUUGGGUGGGUUUACAGGGGCACUCUAUCCUCCGGCGAACAAGUCGCCGUGAAAUGCAUCUACAGAGACUGCACAGAGGGAAUGAAGGAAUUCACUACAGAAAUUUCAAGCCUUGGGUGGCUACAGCACCAAAACUUGGUGCCUCUCAGGGGUUGGUGCAGAAAACACAAGCGCCUUUUCAUCAUCUACGACUACAUGUCAAACGGAAACCUUGAAAGAAAUUUGCACGGUCUAGAAUUGAAUCUUACAUGGGCUCAAAGAUAUAAAAUUCUCAUAGAUGUGGCCGCCGGGCUACUGUACUUACACGAGCAGUGGGAAAAAUGUGUGGUACACACGGAUAUUAAAUCGAGUAAUGUAUUAUUGGACUGUGAUCUGAAUGGCCGAGUGGGGGACUUUGGGUUGGCAAGGUUAUAUGACCACAGUGAAAAGCACCAAACUACUCAUGUGGUGGGAACGUUGGGGUACAUUGCGCCUGAGCUUAUACAUUCUGGUAAGGCUUCUCCUUCAACAUAUGUGUUCAGCUUUGGGGCUCUUCUAUUGGAGAUUGCUUGUGGGAGGAAACCUGUGGAUGCCCAAGGUGUGAUUUUGGUUGAGUGGGUUUGGGAUUUGUAUGCAAAUAAGAGAUUACUGGACACUAUUGAUCAGAGGCUUGAUGGGGAUUAUGAUAAGGGCAAGGCUGAGAUUGUGCUUGUAUUGGGGCUUGUGUGUUCAAACCCUAACCCACAGGAGAGGCUUAGCAUAAGACAAGUGUUGCAGGUUCUUUGCAGCAAGGCUACUUUGCCUGGAGAUCACCUUUAA